AUGAAAAUGUCUUGCAAGAACAUCCUGGCUACUAAUUGCAUCUUGUUAGUCGUGUUGUGGUCGGUCCACGUGGCUGAGUCAGCCCGAACGCCGUUCGCGUGCGACCCCUCUAGCGUUUUCGCUCGGACGCUGCCUUUCUGCAGGGUCGAUCUACCGAUCGAGGAGAGAGUAAAGGACUUGAUCGGACGACUGACAUUGCAGGAGAAGGUCCAGCUUCUCGGCGACAACGCAGCUGCCGUGCCUCGGCUCGGCAUCCAAUGGUAUAAGUGGUGGUCGGAGGCUCUUCACGGCGUCUCAGACGUGGGGCCCGGCACCAGGUUCGGUGGUGCAUACCCAGCUGCUACUAGUUUCCCUCAAGUCAUCACCACCGCCGCCUCUUUCAACCAGUCGCUCUGGGAAGAGAUCGGACGGGUGAGCAUAUAA